AUGAGCAUUUUACAUUGCAAAUUUACUAAGUUAUUAAAAUACAUGAACGGACGAUUAAGUAUUAAAAUGUUAGAAACUUUAGCAACAGAAGUCAAAGAGGAAGAUUGGUCACGGUAUCGUCCUUAUUCCGAAAUCCCUGGACCAAAACCCGUUCCGUUUUUGGGUAAUACAUGGCGAUUCAUACCGUUCAUAGGCGAUUUCAAGAUCCAAGCGGUAGAUCAAGUAUCGAAAAGAUUAUACAAAGAGUAUGGAGAUAUCGUAAAACUAGAAGGUCUAUUAGGUAGACCAGAUAUGGUUUUUAUCUAUGAUGCAAAUGAAAUUGAGCGUAUCUUCAGACAAGAAGAGAGAAUGCCAUAUAGACCUUCAAUGCCCUCGUUGAAUUAUUACAAACAUGUACUGAGAAAAGAAUACUUCAAAGACAACGCUGGUGUAAUUGCAGUGCAUGGUGAGAGUUGGUACAAUUUCCGGAGCAAGGUGCAACAGGUAAUGCUGCAACCACGAACUGCAAGAAUGUACAUUAACGCUAUCGAGGAGGCAAGUUUGGCAUUUCUUAAAAGGAUCGGGAAAAUACGGGACAAAAAUGAUGAAGUACCUGACGAUUUUAUGAAUGAGAUUCAUAAAUGGUCAUUGGAAUCUAUUGCACGUGUAGCAUUGGAUGUUCGACUAGGUUGCGUAGACGAUGAUGCUAACGUAGAGACUCAGCAAUUAAUCGACGCGGUCACUACGUUCUUCAAGAACGUGGGAGUGUUGGAGUUGAAAAUCCCUUUCUGGAAAUAUUUCAAUACGCCUACCUGGCUACAAUAUGUGAAUGCUCUUGACACCAUUGUAAGCAUAACGUCUAAAUAUACUACUAUAGCUCUUUCAAGGAUAAAGGAAAUAGAAAAAUCUGAUAAGGAACCAUCUCUUCUGGAAAGAGUUUUGGCUCUAGAAAAAGACACCAAGUUGGCUACGAUACUCUCCCUUGAUUUAUUCUUAGUUGGUAUUGACACAACUUCCAGUGCCGUUGCAUCAACAUUGUAUCAAUUAGUUUUGAAUCCUGACAAGCAAGAUCUUGUUUACGAUGAAAUUUGCAGAGUGCUACCGACCAAAGACAUGCAGCUCGAAGGGAAACACAUAGAUAAACUGAAGUACUUAAAGGCGUGUAUCAAGGAAACUUUAAGGCUGUAUCCGGUAGUUAUCGGCAAUGGACGAUGCAUGACCAAAGACACGAUAAUUAAAGGAUAUCGUGUACCAAAAGGCGUACAGGUGGUCUUUCAACAUUAUGUGAUAAGUAAUCUUGAUAAGUAUUUUCCACGCAGUAAAGAAUUCCUUCCUGAAAGAUGGUUACAAGAUGAUGGCGUGCACCACAGUUUCGCGUCGCUUCCAUUCGGUUAUGGAAGAAGAAUGUGUCUUGGCCGACGUUUUGCUGAACUUGAAAUGCUCGUUGUUAUUGCCAAGAUUUUGCAACGUUACAAAGUAGAAUAUCAUCGAGAAAGAUUAGAGUAUUACAUCAGUCCUAUGUACACACCUAAAGGAUCUUUGAAUUUAAAAUUCAUUGAUAGGUAA